AAAGCCACAAGCAGACCCCUCUGACCUCCGUGACUGAUUUUUCUGAAUAAUAAGGGAGAGAAAGGUGCAAAAUCAGGGCGUGGGGAAUCAGCGGUUCUGGUUCUGUAACGCAAAGGGGAGGCUUUGGCUGUGUCUGUGGCUGUGGAUCUGCUUGAAACACGUUUCCCCUCACCGCUAUUUCCGUCCACUCGCGAUUUCCCCUUCUAAACCCUAAUUUUCAUCCUCAGGUCCCUGGUUGAAGCAUCAUGGCUUCCAAGCGAAUUUUGAAGGAACUUAAUGAUUUGCAGAAAGACCCACCUACUUCUUGCAGUGCAGGUCCUGUAGCUGACGACAUGUUCCACUGGCAAGCAACAAUCAUGGGACCAUCUGAUAGCCCAUAUGCGGGAGGUGUAUUUCUAGUUACUAUCCAUUUUCCUCCUGACUAUCCAUUCAAGCCUCCAAAGGUUGCAUUUCGGACAAAGGUCUUCCAUCCAAACAUAAACAGUAACGGGAGCAUAUGUCUUGAUAUCCUUAAAGAACAAUGGAGCCCUGCUCUUACCAUUUCUAAGGUAUUACUCUCCAUUUGCUCAUUGCUGACUGAUCCAAAUCCUGACGACCCUCUUGUCCCAGAGAUUGCCCAUAUGUACAAGACUGAUCGAGCCAAAUAUGAAGCAACUGCACGCAGCUGGACUCAGAAGUAUGCCAUGGGAUGAUGAUGGUUGGUCAGAUACUGUAUCUGUAUAAAUAGGUUGUGUUUAUUUAUGAAAUUUGUCGAAUCCAUUUUAAGUUUUGGACUUGGUUUGAGAGAGGAUGUUAGGGAUUGAACUUGUAUUCUUCAGCGGAAAUUAUAGUUUGGGGGGCUGGCUGGAAUUAACUGUAUGGUCAAGGAUGUUUUAAUGUGGACAAUGUUGUUUGAAGCUUUAACUUUUUGUGGCGUUGAUAGCUCUUCUUUCA